AGUUGAGACUCUAGAGAGAGAGAGAGAGAGAGUAUGUUUGGUCUUCUUCUUCAUCAUCUUCGUCCUUAACCCAUGCAUCUCUGGUCCCUCUAUAAUCAUGAGUUUCCUUUUACCAUCAUUACCUUCAGAACACUUCUUCUUCUUCUCUCUCUCACUUGCAAAACACAAGCGCUCUAUCUAUUUCUAUAUAAUGCUUGCUUUUUUCAUUCUGUUUUACAUAGUUCUUUUAUAAAACCAUAAGAUGUGUCUGAGAUCUUUAGAAUCAUUCCCAGACACACGCACACCCACGAUGAGAUCAGCUUCAUGCCACAACAAACGUAACUUUAAGACACAAACCCAUCUUCGUGUCCUUAAUCUCACCAGGAGGAGAAGAAUACUUAGGGAAGAGAAGGAGAUGGAGAUGAGAAACAUGAAGCUCUUCCUAGAGAAUCAAAGCAUCAUACGAGAGAAUGAGGCUCUAAAGAAGAAAGCUGCUCUUCUCCACCAAGAAAACAAUGCUCUCUUCUCUCUGCUUCAUCCAAAACUCUCCCCUGUUUCAUCCUCCUUCCCCUAGUGAUGUUCUUGAACCCUGUUUCUUGAUUACGUUUGUACUACUCGUCUUGUACCCUCGCUAGAAACCUAAAUUUGUCUAUGUAAUAAGUGUUAAUACAUAUCAAUGAUUAUAUUUCGCCCUUUUUUUU